ACUUCAUUCUAAGUGACUGCCUCAUUGCUCAGCUAUUGCACAGCCAAACACCAUCCCAGCGGUCUGACCGUGUCAGUCAAAGCAGAGCCAGAGCUAUGAGCAUUUUUGCGGGCUACUGUCAUGUCAUCUGAGACUUUUAAUUGGAGCCCGGCCGCCACGGGGGGACAGCGGACGGCAUUCCUCCUCUGCCCGAGUCCCGUUGUGUCGCUCUGCGCCGCGUGUCUGCUGUCCGUGGAUAACAUGUUUAAACCCACGCAGAGCUGAGCUGAAGGAGAGCCGUUGUGACUGACACCAGUGUAGUGGACGUUUUAACGUUCACGGAAAACUGAGUGCUUAAAACACAGGUGGAGACUGAAGAAGGAAGUGGUCAGCUAUUUAAAAGAAAGUUGGGCGAUAUCUGCUGAAGUUGCACAGAGGAACUUCGACUUUGACAAAAAAAAAAAAAAAACAUUGUUGUUUUUGUUAAGAGAUUUUUAAAAGUGGCCCGACGGGGUACAAACACGAUCCAUGCAAAGGACUUAAACUUUUACCUUCUUUUUACCUUUAUUUUUGUUUUUUUCUGGGUCGAGUUCGUGUGUUUCAGGGAUAAAUGAUCACCUCAACAAGAAGAGUGUCUCCUGAUAAAUCUGAAGUUAGAAUCGCCUUCAGCCUCGAUGACACAUCAGAUGUAAAAGAUGUAGAGGAUGUCCCUCAGGCUUUCCCUGAUCUCGAGCAGCGAUUACAGUGGACCAACACCAGCAAAUGACAUGGCACCCCAAACCAUCACUGACAGUGGAAACUGGAAACACAGAGCAACGGUCAAGGUCUUUUUCUCCAUAGCCCAGCCCGUGCCCCCCUGCAUGUCUCUGAGGGAGAGCGUUCAGGUGUACAAGGAGCACUGCAGGAUGGCCAGAGAGUUUCACCAGGUCAAACAUGACAUCGCCGUGCUCGAGGAACGCAAGCGAAAGUUGCUGGCAGAGAUGGUAGAGGAUGAGAAAGUCACAGCAGAGAUUGCCCGUCUCGAGGAGGAGUUUCGGCGUCUAACAGAAGAAAACCGCACCCUGAUGUCAGUCCACAACGAGCGAGCCCAGCAGCUGGAGACUCUCUGCCUGACCAGCCCCAGAACAACCCAAGACAACUCCUCAUGACCACCGACCUCCGCAGGAACCUGAGACCUCCGUAAACAUCCAGCUGGACAUUCAGGCCAGGAAACCAACCAGAAAUACAGACUCAUUCCCCAAAACAACAGUCAGUGAAUCAGAUAAAUCCAAAGAAAGGCUCUGUGUUUAUCCUGAGUCAUUUUUUUUUAACCACAGACUUGCUGUCAUCAUCAGUGUGAAGCUGUUAGAGUGAUUCUGCCAAGCUAGGACACAAGGCCUUCUUUCUGGGUGCUGUUUUUAUAACUUUGCUGGUCAAUAUUGCAAUACCUCACAGUGUAUUCAUAUAAUAUCUGUGACCAGAUCUUCUGAAAUCUGUCUCAGGUCUGGUGGAGACUCAGAUAAGUUACCUGAGGUUUUAAGAGGGAGCCAAAGGUGGUACGUUGUGGUCCAAAUGUUGCAGUUACAUCCCUACUUUUUCCUCUUUUUGCCUGUCAAGUUCCUGUCACGCUAAAAGGGAAAUGAGUGUUUUAGGCAGUGUCAGUGAUCAGGGAAUUGAAGCCAUGCAUGAGGAACAGUGAAAGAAGGGUGACUGUGUGUUUCACAAUAAGCCUCUGCUGCAACACAACACUGUCAGAGUUGUACAUUUCUUUUGAUGUCUCAUCCACCUGCAGGAGAGGAAGUAUACAGCAAAGUAAACUGUUGCUUAUUGUCCUUGUCUAUUAAUAAAACAUAUUUUAUUUUAA